CCUAGAAACAUUCAUUUCGCCGCAACAUGCUUUUCUCAGCCGAACUCCCAAUGUUCUCAGCUUUUCCCUCACUUUUUCGCACCAAAUCCAUGCCCUCCCUCUCAUUUUCCCUCCAAAAUUCGCCCUAAUGAUCCUCCUCAGCUCUUCUUUAACUGAUUUCGUGAGGUUAUGGAUCUCAAGGCGAUGUUCGCCAACUACUGUUGUAAAUUUAUCGGUUGAUUGUUGUAUUUCGAUUGAGUUUUGGUGAUGGAAGCAGUGGACUUGACUUUUCCGGUGGACGUUGCCGGCGCGCAGAAGUUUAUGGGGAUGGAGGGUCUUGUGAGAGCUGGGGUUACAGUCAAGGAGCUUGAGCCUUGUGAUUUGGACCGUGUUUCUGUUCGCGCAAGCCCUUUGACUGAGGCUUGCAGCUCAUUUCUCAGCGAUAAAGAGGUAACAAAUGUGGUUAGUGCUUCAGAGUAUGAACCAUCUAAGCUUGGUGGUCAGCUGCUCAGUUAUCAGGGUGAAGAAUUGUCCAGGCACCAACAUUGUAGGGGCAAAAAUGGUUUUUUGUUGCAUACUGGUGUUGAAAGUGUACAGCUAGAACGGAAAUCAGGAAAGGUGUCAAAAAUGGGUAGUUCGACUUCUAAGAGACCGCGAAUUGCUCGAUUGGAAGAUCCAACGAGUUUAGCUGGAGUUGAUGGGAUAAGGGAUAUGUCAGAUAAGCUCGGAUCAUAUCUUACAAAGUGCAGUUCUUCAGAUAAGAAUCAAUUGGCGAAACAAAAGAACAACUGUACAAGUAAGCGAGGUGAUAAGAGAAAUCUCAAACUUCAUGCAAAGACUAAACAUGAUUCUUUCUCCAUAAAGGCGGGUUUGCCAAGCUUCAGUUCUGCUGCUGGAGGGAACAACUUUUUCGGAGUACAUGGCCUUAAGUCAGAUAAUCAUGAUGUCACAAAGCUAGUAGAUGAUGUGCUACUGAAUGAGCUCCUUGAUGGGACAUGCAAGUGUCCUAGUUUAGACAACGGCAAAGGGAAGAAACCAGCAAAUGUUAACGAUAGUUUUCUGCAUUCAGUUAGAAAGGCCAGUUUCGUCCUUCAGCUACCAAGGUCUGUCCAGCCCCAACAUAUUGCUGAAGUAGAUAGCAAUUCCGACAAGAUAAUGUCACCAUGGCCGUUAAGCACAAGUUCUGUUGUAACUUCUGGCGUCAAUGGUGAUAAGGGAGAACCAGUCAUCACAGAUCUCUCUUCAUGUAAUGAGGUACAGGAUUCUCAUAAAAAGCCUGAAACUCCUGCUAAUCCCCUUGAUUUGCCAUUAUGUGAACCUAAGUAUAUUUUGGAACGUUUGGCUCUUCCUCCACCCAAGGAUUUGGAAUCUUUGCUUUUGGAUGCUGCAAAACCUGCUUUAUCUUCAAAAAGUACUCCUGAUCCAUGCUCAGGCAAGCAAAUAUCUCGCCGGGCAAGCUUGCCUCCAUUUCCAUGGUCGCAUACUUCUAAUGGGCACUGUAGAACCAGUUCUGAUGCAGCAAAACUGUCCACAAGCAGGGGCACAUGCCAAGGUCGAUGGCAAAGAAUAGGGAAGAAUAUUGUUAGCUCAUUGGGGGCUGUCACUAAUAAUUUUACAGACUUGGAGUCACUAACCUAUGAUCAGAGUCUAGUUCCUUCUGCAAGGCUAAAAAUUGCUGGUUCAGAAAAUCAAGUUUCCCCAUCCAUAUCUGUUAGUCUUUCUUGGUUUCGGCGGGAUUCAUCGUCUGGUGCAACAUGUUCCAAACAAUCCUUCGUUCCGCUAGAAUCUGGAGGCAAGGUGAAUCAUUUAGGAAAUGGUAACGAUGAGCGUUGUCCACAAAUAUUAGCUGCUGCUCGAACACUGUGUGACAUGGCAACUUGUUCCUCGAGGCAAAAUCCAGAUGGAAUCAUAAGAUGGCCAAAGAAGCCUUCACAAAAGGCCAUGAAAGCUCGCAAGUUAAAAUCAAUAGAGAAACCUGAAGAAGCAUAUGGAACAUCAGUUGUUGUAUCUGGGUCUGAUAAUCUCAGGAGAAGCGUCAACCGGAUGAUGCUACCCCCAAAGAAGCCCAGGCUCUCUAUGGUUGAUGAUAGGAAGGAUUUCAAUAAUUUCAGCUGCGUUACAAAAGGACCAAUAAAUUGGUCUACACCCAGGUCAAGUAGGUCAUCACCUGGCAAAUCACUUAAGGAGUCAAUUGUGGAUAUAAGACAUUCAACCACGGAUGUAGUGAGGCAGUCGUAUAUGAUGCCACCACCAGCAAGGGUUCCAGAAAAGGCGUCGAACAAGCGGGAGAAGAUAGGAAAGUUAUUGACAAUGGAAUGGAACAGAGGAAGGGACCGGCUGGACUGAUGAACAAUUGUGCAAAAGAUUUUAGUCCGUACUGACGAGGUUUGUCAUUUAAUCUGAUGUCUCUGUGGGGAGGGUUGGUUAUUGGAAAUAGCUGAUUUGUAUAUAUCAUGCUGUAGCCUGUAGGUGAAAAUGGAAAAUGUUGUAAGGGGUUCAUGAUGUAGGCGCAAAUGAAAAAUGUAGUAGUUGUAAGGAUUUAAUUUAGAAGGAGGGGUAGGAAUUUUAUGUUGUAACGAAGGAUAGAGCACAGCAGCAAUGAAAUUCAUUGCCUUGUGUAGAGCA